ACCACUAACCGAACGACGUCGUAACACAAACACCGCAUCCAUUUCUCUCUCCUCAUUUUCCAGAUCAAAAAACCUCAGUUAGAAAAAACUCCUGCUCAAUUUAUUUUUACUCCCAACUUUCCAAACAUUCAUCACACUCAAUCCCCAAUUCAAUCAUCAAAAGACUUGGAAAAAACCCUAAUUGUUUCAAAUUUUGUAAACUCAGAUUCCCAAUUCGAUCCCAUUAAAAUUCAAAUUGUAGAAAUUAAUUGUACGGAAAAUGGCGGCAGAUGAUGUACCAUUGGAUGAUAAAUCGAAGAGAAUGAGAGAUCUGUUAUCGAGCUUUUAUUCGACGGAUCAAUCAACUUCAGGAGCUAAUUCAAAUGCAGUUUCUUCGAAGUAUGCUACAUUGGAUACGAUUAAUUCCCCUUCUUUUGAUCCUGACAACUACAUGAAUCUAUUGGUACAAAAGUUGAACUUAGAAACACUACUUCAACGACAUGUUGAAAUGGCAGCUGAGAUAAAAAAUUUGGACACUGAUUUGCAGAUGUUAGUGUAUGAGAACUACAAUAAGUUCAUUAGUGCCACGGAUACAAUCAAAAGGAUGAAUAGUAACAUAGUGGGCAUGGAAGCAAAUAUGGAACAGCUACUCGAGAAGAUACUAUUGGUGCAAUCUAGAAGUGAUGGGGUCAACACAUCACUGUUUGAGAAAAGGGAACAUAUCGAAAAGCUGCACCGCACCCGCAACCUUCUACGCAAAAUUCAGUUCAUAUAUGAUUUACCUGAAAGACUUGGGAAGUGCAUUAAAUCUGAAGCUUAUGCUGAUGCAGUCAAGUUCUACACUGGAGCUAUGCCUAUAUUUAAGGUAUAUGGAGACUCAUCAUUCCAAGACUGUAAGAAAGCAUCUGAAGAAGCAGUGAGCAUCAUAAUUAAGAAUCUGCAGGGAAAGCUUUUUUCAGAUUCAGAAUCCAUCCAAGCUAGAGCUGAGGCUGUAAUGCUUCUGAAGCAGCUGGAUUUCCCGGUGGACAACUUGAAAGAUCAAUUAUUUGAAAAGUUGGAGCAAUCCCUUGAAGAUGUACAACUCCACUUUGACGGAUGUGGCAGCCAUUCUGCAAAAGCAGACGAGUCUGUAAAACAAGAAUCACCAGAUCACAUCCCUGCUGCUCACGAGGUUUCAACUCGUGAGCUGGUGGAGGCUGUCCGUGCUUACCGUGUUAUAUUUCCGGAUUCUGAGCAGCAACUUAUCAGAAUCUCACACGAUCUUGUUAUCAAGCACUUUGAAUCCAUUGAGAAGCUCAUAAAGAACCAAAUUUCUUCUGCAGAAUUGUUGGGACUGCUACGACUUGUCUGGGAUGAUGUGCUGCUGAUGGAUGAAGUACUGCCUGAAGCAGCUGUUGCUGAUGCUUGUUUGGAGGCUGCCAACCAUGCCGUCAAGCAGUACAUUGCUGGCGCCUUUUCGCGUCUUUUGCAGGAUAUAUCUGACUCACUGAUGAAAGUUCAAAUCCACCAAAAGGAGGCAGUGAAAGAAGAGCAUCCUUUGCAGGCAAUACUGGAGGCCAGCAAGAAGGCAGUUAUACAAGGGAGUAUGGGUGUCUUGCUGGACUUUCGCCAACUCCUGGAUGAUACCCUGCCUCUGCUAAGUAGCCUGAGAGAUUUGAUAGUUGAUUGGGUUCAAGAAGGAUUUCAAGACUUCUUCAGAUCACUAUAUAAUCGCUUUCUACAGCUUUCAGGGAAAAGUAAUUCAGCUACUCAAUAUAUAAUCUUUCAUGAUGGCAUACAAGGAGAUAAGACUGUUGCUGGACUUGUUCUUGUUCUGGCACAGCUCUCUGUUUUUAUAGAUCAAAAUGCCAUUCCAAGAAUCACUGAGGAGAUCGCAACUUCAUUUUCUGGUGGUAGUGUUCGGAAAUAUGAGAGUGGCCCUGCGUUUGUUCCUGCAGAAAUUUGCAGAAUUUAUCGAUCAGCUGCUGAAAAGUUUCUGCACCUUUACAUAAAAAUGAAAACUCAGAGAGUUUCAGUUCUCUUGAAAAAGCGGUUUACAACACCCAAUUGGAUCAAGCACAAGGAGCCUAGAGAAGUCCACAUGUUUGUUGACUUAUUUCUUCAAGAGUUGGGAGGAGUACUGUCUGAAGUGAAACAACUUUUACCCGAGGGGCCCACCCGUAAACAUCGUCGUGCUGAUAGUAUGAGCAACGCCAGCAGUACAUCUUCGCGUAGUAAUCCAUUGCGUGAUGAAAAGCUGCUAACCAGAUCUAACCCUCAAAAGGCUAGGAGUCAUCUGCUUGAGACCCAUCUAGCUAAAUUAUUUAAGCAGAAAAUGGAAAUUUUUACCAAAGUUGAUGCCACACAGGAUUCUGUCCUAACUACAAUUGUGAAACUUUGCCUGAAAAGUCUGCAAGAAUUUGUUCGAUUGCAGACCUUCAAUCGGAGUGGAUUUCAGCAAAUCCAGUUGGACACACAGUUCUUGAGGGAUUCUAUUAAGGAUAAUGUGGAGGAUGAAGCCGCUGUUGAUUUUUUACUUGACGAGGUAAUUAAUGCUGCUGUAGAGCGUUGUCUGGAUCCAAUCCCAUUAGAGCCCCCAGUUUUAGACAGACUUAUACAAGUAAAGUUGGAAAAACCCAGGGAACAAACAGCUGCCAGUCCAUAGUUAUGGAUUCAUGUAACAACUCCUCCGCUAAUCACCCCCAUACAUGUCUUGUGUGAAGUCCAAGAAAGGAGCGCACUCAUUGAUAUUCUGGACAAUUGAAGCACUCAUCACGUAAAGGAUGAGAAAUUGAGAAUUGAGUUGCGCAGUUGUUCUGCGCAUUGGUUACUGUCGUUGCAAUGUUUAUUAGAACAGUGCAUCAUCAAGGAUCAAAUUUGUAAUGCUGACAGGAUCAAUACCAAAAAAUCAUAUACUACCUCCGUUACAGGUUAUGUGCAACGAUUAGACAUUUUCCCUCUCUACUUUAUUUCUAAUCGUUGCACAUAACCUGUAACGGAGGUAGUAUAUUUUUACACCCAAUCUUUACAAAUAUUCAAUUUUCCUUCUCUCUUUUUGUUUCUCUCCUCAUCUCUCCCUCUUUAUAGCAACGAUUUCUCGUGAUCGAACAUUAAUGGUUAUGUAUGAGUGUAUAUUGCCAAAACUUUGAAUCCUUUGUUCUGGCUGGAGAUAGUAUUAGCACUUUGAACACCAUUUAAGAUGUUGACAGGUGAUUGUGAUUCCAUGUAUGUCGGAAACCUUUUAUAAAAAGGACCAGUUAUUAUAAAUCUUCACAGUUUUGGAGUGAACA